AUGCCGUCCUUCUUCGCCGCUGGCCUUCAGGGCCUUCCUCCCACUCCUCCUCACGUCCUGCCCGGUGGCAGGAUGGAAAACGAGCAGCCUUUCUACGUCGUCAACAACUCUGCCUUCCCUCCCCGCUAUACGCAGAAUGGUUGCGAAUUCAUCGAGCAGUACUCUCAAUCCGCCCACUACUCCAAGCCCGCUCCGAUGAACCUGCACCCGGCAUCCGCCCACCAUAUGCACAUUGGCAGAGAUUUGACCACUGCUCACCCCGCGUUGAACCAAUCAUUCGGCCCCUUGCCCACCACAAACGUACUGCCUCCGAUCCGUGCCGGCCUUCAGCUGCCCCCUAUGGAGAGUGCCAUUCCGCCACAGUAUCGCCGCCAAGACAUGAUGCAGCCCGAACAACAGCAACGCAAAGAGGAAAAGGCCACCGGAGGUGUAGCCGCCCAUUUGGAUUAUGAGAUGGAACAGAUGUCCGACUUCGUGGCCGAGAUGGCUCAGGGAAUGUAUGCUUUGUACAUCACCAAGAUCAACAUAGCAGAUAUUGACUUCGCGCGAAGCGUCUACCCAGGAACAUCGGUCCCUCCCCAGUUUCGGAAAUACGUCUUCCAGAUCCUUUCAUCGACCCGCCUUCCCAGCUCCACGAUCUUGUUGGGUCUCUACUACUUGGCCAGCAGAAUGCGUAUGCUUUCUUCGGCCAAAGUGUACACCUCUGGCAGUGGACAGGUUUACCGCAUGCUGACUGUUGCCCUACUUCUGGGAAGCAAGUUUCUGGAUGACAACACCUUCCAGAACAAGUCGUGGGCUGAAGUCAGCAAUAUCCCGGUCAGCGAGUUGAACUCCAUGGAAUUAGAGUGGCUCUUUGCAUUCGAGUGGAAGCUCCACGAGCGCAUCCAUGACAAGCAGGACGGCUUCGCGUCGUGGUUGUCCCACUGGGAGACCUGGCGUGCCAAGGCUGUUGCUAGAGCCCAGGAGUCGCGUCACACCCUUGCCCCCAUUGAUACUAAUGUCUCACGCGGGCACAUGGUGUCCAAGCCUCUCUUGUCUCCCGAGGGGCCGAUUCCUCCGCAGUAUCAGCGAAGCUCUCACUACGAGAACUCCUGGCUCAACCCCGCUGCGUCCGAGUACUCGCCUCCUUCUGCUCCUCAUAGCGGCCCGAACACUCCCGACUACUACGCUGUCGGACCCUGGGCAUAUGCCAACCCUCCACCACCGUACACGCGAACUUGGGUGCCGCCGCCGCAGCAGUACAUGCCUCAGUCCGCGCCUCGGUCGCAACCUCCAUCUUACCACCAUACGCCGUCCUACGCGUUACCAUUUGCCCAAAGUGUAUGGACAGGACACGGUUCCUCCUGCGGGUGCUUGUACUGUGCCAAGCAUGUCGAACACUACAUGUGUGCCAAUGCAUUCGGACCAAUGCAGGCCAUGGUCGCCUAG